CGCCCGCCUCUCCGCCUACUCCAGCCUCCGCCGCCUCAGCUUCCCGAGCGAGCCCUACGGCCGCCGGAGCAGCUCCCGCGGCGGAGCAGGAGCCGGAUGGUCAGAGGAGCCCGGCAGCCCCAGCAGCCGCGGAGUCGCCUGGGCCCCAGACUGACUGGCACAGUGGAGAAACCACCUCGAAAACGGAAAAGCAGGACUGAAUUUGCUCUUAAAGAAAUCAUGUCCUCUGGAGGUGCUGAAGAUGACAUCCCACAGGGAGAGAGGAAAACAGUUACAGAUUUUUGUUACCUUCUGGAUAAAUCUAAGCAACUGUUCAACGGGUUAAGAGAUUUGCCACAAUAUGGGCAGAAGCAGUGGCAGUCUUAUUUUGGAAGAACUUUUGAUGUUUACACCAAACUCUGGAAGUUCCAGCAGCAGCACCGACAAGUCUUGGAUAAUCGGUAUGGCUUGAAGCGGUGGCAAAUAGGGGAAAUUGCUUCUAAGAUUGGGCAGCUCUACUACCAUUAUUACCUGCGCACAUCUGAGACCAGCUAUCUGAAUGAGGCUUUCUCCUUCUAUUCUGCAAUCAGACAGAGAUCAUAUUAUUCUCAAGUCAAUAAAGAGGACAGACCUGAGUUGGUAGUUAAGAAGCUACGAUACUAUGCAAGAUUUAUAGUAGUUUGUCUUCUUCUCAACAAAAUGGAUGUUGUAAAGGAUCUGGUGAAGGAACUCUCGGAUGAAAUUGAAGAUUAUACUCACCGCUUUAAUACUGAAGAUCAAGUGGAAUGGAACCUGGUGCUUCAAGAAGUAGCAGCUUUCAUUGAGGCAGACCCUGUGAUGGUAUUAAAUGAUGAUAAUACCAUUGUUAUCACGUCUAAUCGCCUUGCUGAAACAGGAGCCCCAUUGCUGGAACAGGGCAUGAUUGUGGGACAGUUGUCUCUGGCUGAUGCACUCAUUAUUGGUAAUUGUAAUAACCAGGUUAAGUUCAGUGAACUAACUGUUGACAUGUUCCGGAUGUUACAAGCCCUGGAAAGGGAGCCAAUGAAUUUAGCUUCCCAGAUGAAUAAACCAGGAAUGCAGGAAUCAGCUGACAAGCCUACCAGGCGAGAAAACCCCCACAAGUACCUGCUCUACAAACCAACGUUCAGCCAACUAUACACAUUCUUAGCAGCAUCUUUUAAGGAGCUGCCUGCCAAUAGUGUGCUUCUGAUUUACCUGUCAGCCACUGGCGUUUUCCCCACAGGUCGUUCUGAUAGUGAAGGUCCUUAUGAUUUUGGAGGGGUACUUACUAAUAGUAACCGGGAUAUUAUAAAUGGAGAUGCCAUCCACAAACGAAAUCAGUCUCACAAGGAAAUGCACUGCCUUCAUCCUGGAGAUCUCUAUCCCUUCACAAGGAAGCCCCUGUUCAUCAUUGUGGAUUCAUCCAAUAGUGUUGCAUAUAAGAAUUUCACAAACUUAUUUGGACAGCCACUAGUCUGCUUGCUUUCUCCUACAGCAUAUCCAAAAGCUUUACAAGAUCAGUCUCAACGAGGUAGCCUGUUCACUCUCUUUUUGAACAAUCCUCUAAUGGCCUUCCUAUUUGUCUCUGGAUUGUCAAGCAUGCGUAGAGGCCUAUGGGAAAAGUGUCAAGAAUAUCUUCGAAAAAUCAACCGCGAUAUUGCCCAGCUACUGACCCAUUCACGUUCAAUAGAUCAGGCAUUUCUCCAGUUCUUUGGAGAUGAAUUUCUUCGCUUGCUUCUCACAAGAUUUAUCUUUUGUUCAGCCACCAUGAGGAUGCACAAGAUUUUUCGGGAAACACGAAAUUAUCCAGAAUCAUAUCCACAACUGCCAAGGGAUGAAACAGUGGAGAACCCUCACCUCCAGAAGCACAUUUUGGAAUUAGCAUCCAUUCUGGAUGUGCGAAACGUGUUCCUUGAGAAUACCAUAGACGACUAUUAAAACAAAAAUCCUCUGUUGAAACAAG